AUGCUGUCUUUCUCUUGGCUCUGGGCCACUCGGCCUCUGCGGAGACAUGGUCAGCUGGCCAGGAUGGCCAUGCGGUGCCAGCACAGUGAAGCAGCCCAGACCCAGACUGGAGAAGCAAGCAGGGGCUGGACAGGCCAGGACAGUCUGUCAGACAGUGACCCUGAGAUGUGGGAGCUGCUGCAGAGGGAGAAGGACAGGCAGUGUCGUGGCCUGGAGCUCAUUGCCUCAGAGAACUUCUGCAGCCGAGCUGCGCUGGAGGCCCUGGGGUCCUGUCUGAACAACAAGUACUCGGAGGGUUAUCCUGGCAAGAGAUACUAUGGGGGAGCACAGGUAGUGGAUGAAAUCGAGCUGCUGUGUCAGCGUCGGGCCUUGGAGGCCUUUGACCUGGAUCCUGCAAAGUGGGGAGUCAAUGUCCAACCUUAUUCGGGGUCCCCAGCCAAUCUGGCUGUCUACACAGCCCUUCUGCAACCUCACGACCGAAUCAUGGGGCUGGACCUGCCGGACGGUGGCCAUCUCACCCACGGCUACAUGUCUGAUGUCAAGCGGAUCUCAGCCACAUCCAUCUUCUUUGAGUCCAUGCCCUAUAAGCUGAAUCCCCAAACCGGCCUCAUUGACUACGACCAGCUGGCAGUCACUGCUCGACUCUUCCGGCCCCGGCUCAUCAUUGCUGGUACCAGUGCCUAUGCCCGCCUCAUUGACUACGCCCGCAUGCGGGAGGUGUGUGAUGAGGUCAAGGCGCACCUGAUGGCAGACAUGGCCCACAUCAGUGGCCUGGUGGCCGCCAAGGUGAUCCCCUCACCUUUUGAGCAUGCGGAUGUCGUCACCACGACCACUCACAAGACCCUUCGAGGGGCCAGGUCAGGACUCAUCUUCUACCGGAAGGGGGUGCAGUCUGUGGACCCCAAGACUGGCCGGGAGAUCCCUUAUAAGCUUGAGGACCGGAUCAACUUUGCUGUGUUCCCGUCCCUGCAAGGGGGCCCCCACAACCAUGCCAUUGCUGCCGUGGCUGUGGCCCUGAAGCAGGCCUGCAGCCCCAUGUUCCGGGAGUACUCCCUGCAGGUUCUGAAGAAUGCUCGGGCCAUGGCGGACGCCCUGCUAGAGCGAGGCUAUUCGCUGGUGUCCGGUGGCACCGACAACCACCUGGUGCUGGUGGACCUGCGGCCCAAGGGCCUGGAUGGGGCGCGGGCGGAGCGGGUGCUGGAGCUCGUGUCCAUCACAGCCAACAAGAACACCUGUCCUGGGGACCGGAGCGCCAUCACGCCCGGGGGCCUCCGGCUUGGGGCACCGGCCUUGACCUCUCGGCAGUUUCGGGAGGAUGACUUCCGGAAGGUUGUGGCAUUUAUAGAUGAAGGGGUCAAGGUUGGCUUGGAUGUGAAGAGCAAGACCACCAAACUGCAGGACUUCAAAUCCUUCCUGCUCAAUGACCCAGAAACAAGGCAACGGCUGGAUGACCUGAGGCAGCGGGUGGAGCAGUUUGCCCGGGCUUUCCCCAUGCCCGGCUUCGAUGAGCACUGA